GUCCAUGGGGCCGGUGUAUGGGCAGCGAGUGUGGCCCAGGGGGCAGCCAAAGCCGGGCGGUGUGGUGUGCCCACUCUGAAGGCUGGACCACCCUGCACACCAACUGUGACCAGGCCGAGCGCCCGGAGAACCAGCAGAGCUGCUUCCGCGUGUGUGACUGGCACAAGGACCUGUACGACUGGCAGCUGGGCGCCUGGAACCAGUGCGUGCCUGUGUCCAUGCGGAGCACCGGGGCAGUCCAGCGGCCGGCCGUGUGUACCCACGGCGAGGAGGGAAUCCAGACACGCGAGGUUGGCUGCGUCCAGAAAGUGGAUGGUGUGCCCGCGGAGGAUGUGGCGAUUUGUGAAUACUUUGAGCCCAAGCCCAGGCUGGAGCAGGCCUGUCUGAUCCCAUGCCCGCGGGACUGCGUGGUCUCCCAGUUCACCCCAUGGACUUCCUGUUCGAAAACGUGCGGCACGGGUCUUCAGAAUCGUGUACGUUUUGUCCUGGCGCCGCCCAUGUUCGGGGGCUCGGCCUGCCCUAAUCUGACAGAGUUCCAGACGUGUCAGCCAGGUCCCUGCGCGGGCCCAGAGAGCCUCUAUAGUCUAAGGGUGGGAUCCUGGGGUCCCUGCUCUGUACCCCUCCCUCGCAUGGCCAGGCAGACUCCCACCCUUAGUCAGGGUAAAGAUGUGGCUGUCCCUCGCCGGCUUCGCAAGGGCAGAGAGGGUAAAAAGGGUAAAGAGGCCAAAGAGGGCAGCGAGGUGCCCACCCCACGCCAGCCUCGUCUGAGCAAAGAAGAAAGGAUGAAAAGAAAGGAGGGGAGAAAAGGCAGACAGGCAGCCAAAGAAGGACGCAGGAAGAACAAGGAAAGAGUCAAGGAGCGGGUGAGAGAGCGGGCGAGGGCGAGGGGGAGGGUGAAAGACCCAGAGACCAAGGAGCUGAUCAAAAAUAAGAGGAACAGGAACAGACAGAACCGACAGGGAGGGAAGUUUUGGGACCUGCAGGUUGGAUACCAGACCAGGGAGGUGACCUGUGUUCACAGGAGCGGCAACCCUGAUGCACUCAGGUAAGUCGCACUUAUAAUUUAAAGUCUCUCUUACAGUGCCUAUAGAAAGUCUACACCCUCAUUGGAUUUCUUUACAUAUUAUUGUGUUACAAAGUGGGAUUAAAAUUGAUGUGAUUGUCGUUUUGUUGUGAAUGAUCUACACAAAUAGUCUGUCUAAGUGGAUGAUUUUUUAUUGUAUUUUUACGAUUCAUGAAAAAUAAAACAAUAAUAUACCUUGAUUCGAUACGUUUUCACCCCCCUGAGUCGAUACAUGUUAGAAACACCUUUGGCAGCGAUUACAGUUGUGAAUCUUCUUGGGUAAGUCUCAUAAGAGCUUUACACUCCUGUAUUGUGCAAUAUUUGCACAUUAUUAUUUUCGAAAUUCUUCAAACUCUGUCAAGGUGUUGUGGAUCAUUGCUAGACAGAAAUGUUCAAGUCUUGCCAUAGAUUUUCAAGCAGAUUUAAGUCAAAACUAACUUGGCCACUCAGGAACAUUCACUGUCUUCUUGGUAAGCAACUCCAGUGUAGAUUUGGGCUUGUGUUGUAGGUUAUUGUCCUGCUGAAAGGUGAAUUCCUCUCCCAGUGUCUGGUGUAAAACAGACUGAAGCAGGUUUUCCCCUACGAUUUUGCCUGAUUUAGCUCCAUCCCUUUUCAUCCUGAAUAAAUUGAUGUCAAGCAUACCCAUACCAUGAUGCAGCCAUGACCAUGCUUGAAAAUAAGGAGGCAGUUACUUAGUUAUGUAUUGUGUUGGAUUUGCCUCAAACAUAAGGCUGAGGAUUUAGGCCAAAAAGUGUAUUCAUUUGCUGUGUUUUUUUGCAGUAUUACUUUAGUGCCUUGUUCCAUUGUCAACGGUGACGUGUAAAUGUAAUGUAAAUGUAUGCGGUGAGUGAAGUCAAGCGCAGGACACAGAGCUACUGGCAGACAUACUUUACCUAACCAGUAAAAAGAACAUACAAAACAAAACCUCCUAACAGAGCAGGAAAACAAAUACACGCAUACGACACAGCAAUGCCGACCUUAUGGGAAACAAAAACAAUAACACACAAUUUACCAAACGAGAGACAGGGGUAAAUAUAGUGGCAACAAUCAAACAUAAUAGCAAACAGGUGUAAACACUCAAGACUGAACAAGACAAACACUGAAACAUCGAUCGGCAGCAGCUAGUACUCCGGGGGGACCCAGCACCUGCCCGGAACGUAAGCACCUCGGCAGAAUCUGCAAACCCCCCACCGACACCUGCAAUCCACGAUGGACGGACUGAGUACGCCGGAGCCCCCCUUCGGACGCAGGAGGCGCGAGAGGAGCCUACUCGUAUCCCUCAUCCGGAGGGACUAGCUCUAUACCCACCGUCCUGGAGACACAUGCAACGAGGUACUGCAAACCCCCCAUCGACACUGAAUCCGAUAACGAUGACUCGUCGAAGCCCUCAGGACUUUAGUGGGGGCCCCCUAUCCAUCCCGAGACCAGCUUCACGGCAGGGCAGACAAGGGACAGGGUUGUCAAUGCCAGAAUUUUGGUCAAACCGCCGAACCCAGCUUCCGGCCAGGGCAGGCGAAAGGGGCUGGUUUCGGGUCCGAGAGCCAGACACUGAUCUUCCCGGUGCAUAAACCGGACCCUCACUGCGGGUGGCGAUCGGGCGCUCGGCUUUGCCUUAUGAUAGCCCGCUGCAGAUGGACAUGCGCAGCGUUCCAUGUUUCCUCCGAGCGCCGAAACCACUCAUCCACCGCAGGAGCCUCGAUCGGCUCUGAUGCCAGGGUGCCAGGACCGGAUGAUAACCCAAACACACACUGAAAAGGCGUAAGAUUAGUGGAGGAGUGGCGAAGUGAGUUUUGGGCUAUCUCUGCCCAGGGGAUAUAACCCGACCACUCCUCCUGCCGGUCCUGGCAAUAGGACCUCAGAAACCUACCCACAUCCUGGUUUACUCUCUCCACCUGCCCAUUACUCUCAGGGUGAAAACCCGAGGUAAGGCUAAUCGAGACCCCCAAACGUUCCAUAAACGCGCUCCAGACUCUAGAGGUGAACUGGGGACCCCGAUCAGAUACUAUAUCCUCAGGCACCCCGUAGUGCCGGAAGACGUGAGUAAACAGGGCAUCGGCCGUUUGUAGGGCUGUAGGGAGACCUGGCAUCGGAAUGAGACGGCAGGCCUUAGAAAACCGAUCCACAACGACCAGGAUCGUGGUAUUCCCCUGGGAGGGGGGAAGGUCCGUGACAAAAUCCACCGAUAGGUGAGACCACGGCCGUUGUGGAACGGGUAGAGGUUGUAACUUCCCUCUGGGCAGGUGUCUUGGUGCCUUACACUGAGCGCACACCGAGCAGGAAGAAACGUAAACCCUCACGUCCUUAGCCAAGGUGGGCCACCAGUACUUCCCACUAAGGCAGUGCACCGUUCGACCAAUACCCGGAUGACCAGAGGAGGGUGACGUGUGAGCCCAAUAUAUCAGUCGAUCACGGACCUCGAGCGGCACGUACCUCCGCCCCUCUGGACACUCUGGGGGAGUAGGGUCGGUAUGUAACGCCCGCUCGAUUUCCGCAUCGACCUCCCACACCACCGGUGCCACUAGACAAGACUCUGGAAGUAUGGGAGUGGGCUCAAUGGACCUCUCCUCUGUGUCAUAUAGCCGGGACAGGGCGUCUGCCUUACCACCUCAUAGGCAGGGAGUUUACGCUCCUGAGACAGAGGAUACACAUGACUACGAGGAAGUGCAGCGCCUACCUGGAGGUCUAUCGCACAAUCCCCCUGUCUAUGAGGUGGUAAUUGAGUCGCCUUCUUCUUACAGAAGGCGAGUGCCAAAUCUGCAUACUCAGGAGGAAUGUGCAUUGCAGGCAUUUGGUUCGGACUUUCCACCGUCGUUGCCCCUACGGAAACACCUAUACAUCGCCCGACACACUGAUCAGACCAUCCCUUGAGAGCCCUCUGUUGCCAUGAAAUGUUCGGGUCAUGAGAUAUUAACCAGGGAAGCCCCAACACCACGGGAAACGCAGGAGAGUCAAUCAAAUACAACUGUAUAAUCUCCUCAUGACCCCCCUGCGUCUUCAUCUUAAGUGGCGCUGUGACCUCCCUAAUCAAUCCCGACCCCAAAGGGCGGCUGUCUAGGGCAUGGAUGGGGAAGGGCACAUCAACUAUCUGCCUUCUAGAAAAUGUAUGGCCAUAGUGUGUUGUUGUAGAAUAUUACAUAAGGGUUGGUUUUAGUAGGCCAUGCCUUAGAGUGAUGAUAGUAGUCACAGUCUGCAUUCUUCUUCUUCUGUCCUCAUGUCUUCUCUCAUUAGUUUAUUCAAUGUACCCUCAAAUUAUUUAUUUAUGCUGGCACAAGCUUUAUAGUAUUGGCAAACAUGCUGCCUUUGGAGGAAAAAAAUUAUUAUGAGAGGAACUCACAUUAAUAUUACUCCACAUUAGUGCUGCAGCUUAUUAAUAUUACUCUAAUGACUUGUUUACUCUGCAUUUAAAAUAUUUAUGACUUUUUUUGCAACCUCUUUUCCUAAACAUCUCAUCUGAUGUGAGGGUUCAGUCAAUGGAACCUGCAAUGUUUUUGUUUUGUAUUUUUAUUAACAUUUAUUCUCUGUUUAACCGAAUAACUCCUCGUCUUCCAAAGAAACAACGGAAGUUCAUACUUUUCUACAGAGUGAAGUUAGUUUCAAAGCUUCAGAGUUACCAUAACCUCCAACUGAAAGCAUUGUGAUAUUCAGCGAUUCAUUUAUAGCAAAUAUUAAUAAAUAGAUACGAUGAUAAACGGCAUCCUUGUUUUUGCACCUCAAGAUAAUGUAAUAUUCUCAGAGAACCAUUAUUGAGCAUUAUUUAUUUGGUCAGAUCAACUGUAAGAGUUAAUUGGAUAAUGAGUAGAAGUGUCAUGGCUUUCUUGCAUUCUCCUCACUGGGAUCCAUCAGACGACGAGAGGCCUCAACCAUAACAUCUAUGAAAAGGUCAGAGGAUCAAACCGCUGUCCCUUUCCAUUAUCCAACAUCUUGCAUCAUGUCCAUCUCUAUGGGUGGCCAUCUUACUGCGUCCACAUAGCAUGGUCAUGAAUUAAUAUUACGGAAUUAGCUGAAGCUGGACUGUAGGCUAUAGUUGGAGGAUGUUUGGGUGGUGGUGGUGGUGGUAGAAGUUUUCAAGGCAUGUUUUAUUGAAUGGUCUCCAUUCAUCUCCACUCAUGUACACGUGCUUUCUAAAAGGCGAUGUCCCUCUUUGUUGCUAUGUGAAAUGCAUAUAUCUCCCCAUUCUGUCUCUGAGGAUCGGGGUGGCUGUUAUGGAGGUCACUCAACACUGAAUAUAUAAAUCCCACUCUCUUUGUCACGUCUCCUCCCAUUGCUCCCCUCCGGCGCUCUGAUUCGCCGGUCUACUGAGCCACCGGUCUGAGCGCACCACCUCGGCAACACAGGAAUGGAAACCCUACACACCCUAAUCACCUCCAGCGCACCUGCACCUCAUCAUCCCAUCAGCACCACUAUAUAGCCCUGUUCAGUCAUUGUUGUGUGUAAUUGUUAGCGUGAGUGUCGUUUACUCACUCUUUGUUAUUCUCUAUCUCAUUGUUAAGUAAACCUUCACCUUGUUGAUUCCUGCGUCUGCGUCCUGCCUCUUCGUAUCCUCAGUACUCCUCACAGAAUUACACACCUCUCACGAAAAUAGAUGCAGCAGGUAAUCCUCCUGGUUUCCUAGUGCCUCGAACAGCACCAGAAGCAGCUUGCCCAGCCUGAGUGGGGGUUGCCCACUGUGCCACUGCCUUCUCCGCUACACGUCACCUCGUUGGACAAAAAAACACUUGGAUCAGGCACCAUUACGCACGUCACUCUCCCCAUCAUCAUCACCAUUCCCACACUACCGGAGCACCACAAAGAGCUGUCAUUCCACAUCGUCACGUCACCCCUUCACCGGAUGGUCUUGGGAUUACCCUGACUCAGACUACACAACCCCACCAUCAAUUGGAUCACCAAGAGGAUCACAGCCUGGUCCACCUCAUGCCGGACGACCUGCCUGCCGGUGGUUUGUUGUUCCAUGUCAGUGGAGAGUCCGGAGUCCGCCCUCCAGCCCAACAUUCCACGUGAGUAUGCAGAUCUCUCCAAUGUCUUCUCUUCAUCAAAGGCUAGGUGUCUCCCUCCUCACAGGCCCUGGGACUGUGCCAUUGACCUGCUGGAGGGACAACACCCCCCGAAGAGUCACAUUUAUCCCCUUUCCAAGGCACAAGAGUCACAUUUAUCCCCUUAUCUGAGGCAAUGGAGUUCAUCAGACGCUCUACCUCUCCUGCCUCCGCCAGCUUCUUCUUCGUGGCCAAAAAAGACGGAGGACUGAUGCUGUGCAUUGACUACAGGGGGCUGAACGCAGUCACCACCAAGUACCUGUACCCCCUCCCUCUGGUUCCGUCGGCCAUCGAGCAGCUACGAUGGGGCCCGGUACUUUACCAAGUCGGACCUGGGGAGUGCCUACAACCUGAUCUGAAUCCGGGAAGUAGACGAGUGGAAGAUGGCAUUCAGCACUACCUCAGGCCACUAUGAAUACUGCAUCAUACCCUACGGCCUCACCAAGGCACCUUCUUUUUGAAAGAAACAUUAAAUGGUCGUGCAUAGGGAGAUGGUCAGAGAAAAUCAUAGAUAAUUGAAAUUAUGGGAAACCACUUUUAUCAUAUUCCCAUAUCUUCAAGUAGCAAAAAUUAUAUCUCUAUGAUCUAGGCCUAUCCUAGGAUUAAUGUUGAGAAUAUGUGAAUAUUCCUCCUUUAAAGUGAGGAAUAAUGUGGAGGUAUUUUAGUUUUUUUAGGAGCUACUUAUAGAAUCCACCACAGAUGGCUGAACUGAAGCUCCCAAAGAGGCUUAUCUGAUAUGAUACUGACAAUGUACCAAAUGGCAGGGGCUCAGGGUCAUGUGUGUUUACUGUUAUAGAAGCUAUAUAUCUUGAAAUAUAUUUCAUCUCACUUCAUUUAACAUUGGUCAUUAUUUAUUAAUGUCAUGCACAUGUCACCAAUUUCAAUGAGUGUUAUAAAAUACUGUAUCAUAACGCCUGGUAUGCCUUUAAUAUGAUGAUUAUGUAGGACAGUAUUUGCAUUAAGUCGAGUUUCGUUUGAGAAACUUUCGGGGAGUUUAACCUAAAUGUUUUGAGUUGUUUUAAAGGCAAUUAUCCCUAGCUCAUUUCACAUAAAAAGCAGAUCAUGAACAAUUGGUUUCUCUUUUAAUAUUUGUUUAUACCUUAAUUGAAAAGGAAAUUAACAUUUAGUGAAAAACACUAAAAUUAGAACAGAGCAAUCAGCAUUAAGACUUGUAUCUGUCGUAGGUGUAAAAUUGUCAAUAAUGGCUAUUUCUCAGAAAGUUUUAAACUGUCAAGAGGAGUGAAACAAGGUUGUCCACUAUCGGCAUAUCUAUUUAUUGUGGCCAUCGAGAUGUUAGCUAUUAAAAACAGAUCCAACAAUAAUAUCAGGGGAUAGAAAUCCAGUGCUUAAAAACAAAGGUGUCAUUGUACGCUGAUGAUUCAUGUUUUCUUUUAAAUCCACAACUAGAAUCCCUCCACAGCCUCAUAGAGGAUCUAGAUACAUUUUCUAACCUCUCUGGAUUACAACCAAAUUAUGACAAAUGUACUAUAUUACGUAUUGGAUCACUAAGAAGUUAAAAUGUUACAUUACCAUGUAGUUUACCAAUAAAAUGGUCUGAUGGUGAUGUGGAUAUACUCAGAAUACAUAUCCCAAAGGAAAUAAAUGAUCUCACUUCAAUACAUUUUUAUAGAAAGUUAGCAAAAAUAGAUAAGAUCUUGCUACCAUGGAAAGGUAAAUACCUGUCAAUUUGUGGAAAAAUCACCCUGAUUAACUCUUUAGUAUUAUCCCAGUUUACCUAUUUGCUUAUGGUCUUCCCUACGCCUAGCGAACAGUUUUUUAAAUUAUAUGAGAAAAAAAGAUUCCAUUUUAUUUGGAACGGCAAGCCUGACAAAAUUAAACAGGCCUAUUUAUAUAACGAAUAUGAAUUCAGAGGACAGAAAUUAUUAAAUAUUAAAGCAUUAGACCUAUCACUAAAAGCUUCAGUCAUACAAAAGUUAUACUUAAAUCCGAACUGGUUCUCUAGCAAAUUAGUAAGUUUGUCUCACCCAAUGUUCAAGAAUGGCCUUUUUCCCUUUAUUCAGAUUACAACCACUCACUUUCAGUUAUUUGAAAAGGAGAUAAUCUCCUAAAUAUCACUAUUUCUAAAACAAGCCAUAGGAAGUGGGUUUGAAUUUCAAUUGAAUCCUCCAGAAAUGACAGAACAUAAUGCAACAAAUAUUGUGGUUAAACUCAAAUAUACUAAUUGACAAAAAACCUUUUUGUUUUGACAAAAUGUUAAAAAAAAGGUAUAAUCUUCGUAAAUGAUAUCAUCGGUAGGACUGGUGGAGUUAUGUCGCACAUGCAGCUAACAAAAACAUAUGGAAAUGUCUGCUCUACCCAAAAUUACAACCAAAUAAUUGCAGCCUUACUGCAAAAAUGGAAGAGGAAAGUGGACGGGGGAGAAUGUAAGGAACUUGUUUGUCGGCCUUGCAUUAAAGAACGUAAUUGGUUAAGGAAAACUGUGAUAAAUAAAAAGUAUAUCAGUUUCAUUUAAGGACCAAAGGAUUAACAGCCGUCCCACAUAGAUUGCAAAAUAGUUGGGAAGAGAUUUUUGACGUACCGAUCCCAUGGCAUAGUGUUUAUGAACUGAUACGCAAAACGACACCGGAUUCAAACUUAGAUUCUUUCAAUUUAAAUUAUUAUAUACAAUUCUUGCUACCAAUAGAAUGUUAUUUAUAUGGGGGAUAUAAUCUUCCCAGCUCUGCAGAUUUUGCUGCGAAGAGACAGAAUCAUUAGUUCAUUUGUUUUGGUACUGUCCAUUUGUAGCUUGUUUUUGGACACAGGUCCAGGAAUGGAUAAAGGAUUGCAAUAUUUACCUGGAGCUAACCUUGCAGAUAGCAUUACUGGGUGAUCUGAAAAGUCAUAGUCAAUCGAUCAAUAACAUAAUAAUACUUUUAGCAAAAAUGUUUAUUUUCAAUUCACAAUCUGUAGAAACAAUGAGAAUAGAAAGGUUCAGAACUUUUGUAAGACAUCACAGUACAGUUGAAAUAUAUAUGGCAAAUAGAAAUCCUAAAUGGAUGGUGUUAAAAGAUAGAUGGGAGGUGUUGAAUGGAAUUGAAGGAUGGGACUAAUAAUAACUAACAACAAAUAAUAACAAGACAACUAAUAAUGUAAGCAUACUGUGUCCAUAAUAAGUAUAUAGGUUGUAGGUUGGGAGCUUUUGUGAAAGAGCACAGUUAGAAAGAUAUGGCAUAUAGAAGCAAACCGGAUGGACAUCAUGAAAAUGAUCGGAGAGGUUGAGAGCAGAGGAAGUUCAGGAGAAAAAACAAACAAAAUAUAAUUAUUGUAAAAUUGACCAUAAAAUGUAGAUAGUAGGUAUAAGCUGGAAGUAGAGGCCUGAGCAUUGUUGAUCACUAGUUUACUCCAAGUAGGGAAAGGGUGGUGGGGUUGGAAAGUAAUAAAGGGGAAUAUAUAUAUAUUUUUAAAGGAUAUGUAUGUGUAUGUAUGUAUGUAUGUAUGUAUGUAUGUGUGUAUGUAUGUGUGUGUGUAUUUGUGUAUAUGUGUAUGUGUAUGUGGAUAUAUAUAUAUGUAUAUACAUAAACAUGGGGGAUUGGAAGUGAUGCAGACAAUUACAUUGAUGGAAGUUACAAUCUAUCUGCAAUAUUAAGCUGAUCUACCCCCCCCCCCCCCCCCCCCCACAAAAAAAAAAGAAAGAAAAAAAAGACUUUUAUCUGUCUGUAAAACUGUGUACAUCUAUAAUCGUAUAUUUGGGUCAUAUCUCAGAUUUCUGUUGCUUUGGAAGAGAGUAUCUGCUGAGUGACUAGAAUGUAAAUGCAGAUGUAGGUUUGUAGAAAAGGUAUGUUGCAAAUUCAGAAUGAGUUCAAGAGGUUUGAAGCUAACUGUGAAGCUCCAGUAUUGGAUUUUGCGAACACGUUUGGCCUUAUUUUACGUUGUUAGAACACCUUGCCUCAUUCCUUCGACCAAACACCUUCACUGAUUCCUUUGACCGUAAUUAAUGAACCCCUUGUCUCUUCCCUCCAGCCUGUGUUCUCAGGAGUCCCUACCAGUGACCUACCAGGCCUGCGUCCUGACCAAGGACUGUGAGGUGAGCGACUGGACCGACUGGUCGCCCUGUUCCAAGGACUGCUACGAGCUCAACGGGCCCACGGGCGAGCGCACACGCACACGACGGGUACAUCUGUUCCCUGUGGGAGGAGGGGCGGAGUGCCCCAUACUGGAGGAGAAGGAACCCUGUACCCCUCAGGGAGAAGGGGUACCCCCCUGCAUCGUGUAAGUACUCUAUAACCCAACAUUUAAAAAAUGUGUGAUUUCAAUGUCUUAUAUGGAUGUCUAUGUUUAUGAACAGUAUAGCAAUUGUGUUAUUUGUAUGCUGUACAAGGAAUUUCCUCAUCAGAUGAUAACUUAAUUUUCCAAUCUAAAAAUUAUGCCAACUCACAUUGGUACUCCGAAAAACAUUGGAAUACCUCAAAAUGUCAGCCAAUCAAGGAUUGCAGAUGAUCAAUUGAAGUGAACUUCUACUCUGCAGGCUGGCUGACAGUUACAGUUAUUCUCUCUCUAAAGUGCACUAUGGGUAAGCCGCCUGUCUGUCUCCCUACAUAGCUUUGCUGACUAAAAACAAUAAACACUUGCAGAUAAUACAUCAGACACUUGUCCAGACAGGGCUGGUGUGUCUCUAACACUAAAAGUGUAUGUGCAUACAGUAAGUGGUUUGAGUCUGUGUUAAGUGAUUAAGGCCAUGUGGCCGGGAACGUUGGCUGGUUGCUGUAAUAAUAAGCCAUUUAGCAGACACUUUUAUCCAAAGCGACUUACAGUCAUGCGUGCAUACAUACAUUAAUUUUUUUAUUUUUUUGUGUAUGGGUGGUCCCGGGGAUCGAACCCACUACCUUGGCAUUACAAGCACUGUGCUCUACCAGCUGAGCUACAGAGGACUGUAGCUAAACCAUCCAACACAACAGCAGUAGUGGUACUAAGAGCACUGGGGAGUUAACAGUAGGGGGAGGAGCCACAAUAACAACCCCACUACUAUUGGGCUGUGGCUUGUUUGGUGUCUGCUGGCUUAAUAUUCACAGCCUGAAGGGGGAGAAGGGAGGGGGGGGGGGUAGGGUUAGCUUCAUUGUGUGGGGUGAUGAUGUAGUGCUGAUGAGAGGGGAGAGGGUGGGGGCGACGGUGUGAGGGGGCAUGUGGAAAGAGAUGGCGAGAUGGGGAGGGGGUUGGGUAGUGUGUUAGGUGAUGGUGUGGUGGGCAUGUAGGGAGAAAUAGGAGCGAUACAGAGGUGGGAGAGAUGGGAGGGAGGCGGUAAGAGGGUGUGUGGGGCGAUGGUGCCAUACAAGAGAGGGGCAUAUCAGGAGAGAUGGAGAGGAAACAUACAGCCCAGUCUUUGGCUCAUUGCCAGUGAUGGAGGAAAUGAUGAAUGGAGUGUGUCUAGAAAAGAGUCAGUCGGUUGGCGCGACGUCUAAUCUGAUCCCCCUGCCACACACACACACACACACAGAUGGGUGUGUUGACACACCAUCACUUUCACACCCGGUAUGCAGUCAUGUGCUGUGAUGGCAUGCGUGUGUGUGUCCUUAAAUUACUCCCCCCCCAAACCUGUACAACUCCAUGUGGAACUAUACUCCUACCUGGUGUGGGGAGAAAGGAAUUUCCUCAAUCUGCAUUUUACACCUCUAGUCUGUUUGAGUGUUUUGACCUGCAGUUGCUAGCUAGUUCAUUUUGCAUGACAAAAAUUAUUACAUUGGGUUGAAACUAAAUUGUUACAGUGAGUUUACAUGAGGACAUCAGUCAGUCCAUAUAUUUUUUAAACUGUAUAGAGUAAGGUUAGUAUGCGGAUCAGGACAUAACCCAUGUGUUAACAGCUUGUGAGCUUGGUCCCUAGGCUUCUUCCAUGGGGUAUAGGUUCUGUGGGAAAAAUUUGCCUGUUUUCUGUCCCUGAUAACGAUGAAAGGAAUAAAUCAAUGUCGGUGGACCAAUGCUCCCUUACUACCAUUUGAAGAAGACCAGGAUAAAAGAGAGAUGAAGAGGUGUGAACCUUGUGGCAGGAGUCCAAGUUCAGUUAGUCUUAUUGAGGGAUUCCUCGUUUAGAGUGUCCCCAUCAGUGUUAGUCCCAGACCCCCAGACCUAGCUAUGGACCGCAACUCCUAGGUGCCUCGUUGUCCCACAACCUCACCAUGGCAUCGGCCAGGGACCAGUAAGAGACACUCCACUCAUGAAUAUGGAGCCCUUUCAUUGGUGGUGACCUCAAAUAAAUUCCAUUAUCGCCACGGAGACCGAGGCAGGGCGGCCAUUUUGUGACCCCGGGGUGGAUUUGAACUGAAAAGCAAUACGUAACAUUCUCACUAAGUACUUUAAGGAACCUUUCAAGUUCUCUUGAAGCAGAUCCUAGAGCUUUCUUUGAAUUCAGUGCUGAGCUCAAAUCUGUCUUAAUAGACUGCUCUUUACAGUUGAUCUGUUUCAGUUUAAUGUAGCUGAGUCCUUCCACUGAGGUCCAAUGAGGUACAUUUAGGUCAUGAUGUUCUCUUUGGGGACAUUCAAGAUGAAUUGUAGAUCGUGAGGCACUCUGUGAAUAUACUCUCACCGGCCAGUUUAUUAGGUUCACCCAUCUACUGUAGUACCAGGUCGGACCCCCCCUUGCCUCCAGAACAUCCUGAAUUCUUCGGGCAUUUUACAAGAUGUCGGAAACAUUCCACAGUGAUGUUGGUCCAUGCUGACGUGAUGGUAUCACGCAGAUUCAUACCACGCUCAAAGUCAUUUGGGUCACUCGUUUUAACCAUUCUAACAUUCAAUCGAACAGUAACUGAAUGCCUUGAUGCCUGUCUGCCUGCUUUAUAUAGCAAGCUACAGCCAUGUGACUCACUGUCUGUAGGAGCGAUCCAUUUUCGUGAACGGGGUGGUGUACCUAAUAAACUGGCCAGUGAGUGUAUGUUGACGGUCAAAUACAUAGAGAACUCCUUUAAAAUAGUCUUUCUAGUAGAUGCACAUUGCUUAACGUCCACUGAGCACACUCAAAUGCAUGCUAAUGUUUACUUCCCGAAAAACCAUUUUGCCAACUUCUCGCUGCAAUUUGUCUGAAUUACUAACCAUAAUAAAGUAUACAAAUAUGAUUGUGUCCCAAAUGGCACCCUAUUCCCUAUGUAGUGGACUACCCAUAGGUCUCUAUUGAAAGUAGGACAUUUUACAGGGAAUAGGGUGCCAUUUGGGAUGCAAUAAGGAGUUUUAGCUUGUGCUUCGAAAUGAUGUAUUCAUUGAAUUAGAGUAAUGCAAUGUUUAUUGCAAUGUCUUGUACCCUCUGGAUAAGAGCGUCUGCUAAAUGACGUAAAUGUAAAGUACUCUCUAGUUGUCAUCUAACAGGCAUUGGAACGUGUACUACCACAGGAUAACUCUGAUGAAAGAAAUAGAGCACAAUAAGACGAAAAGGAGAAAAUAAACCUAGGCGACAUUUACAAACAGAACGCAUCAACAGCAUUCAAACCAAUUCAACCAUUUAUUUAUGUCUGCAGAUCUUUUUAUUGCGUAUCUUAUUGUGUCAUACAUAAUACAUUUGAAACAGUCAAUCAAAGGUGCCAUCAAACUAAAUGAUGCUUAACAAGCUGUGACCUUGUAGGACAUUCAGGCUUUGGUUGUGCAUCUGCUCAAUCAAUCUGGAGGGUGCUUCAUUCACAACAGGUAUAAAAGAUGGCUAAUAUUGAUGUACACUUUCUUGCUCUACUAGCCACUCAUAAUCACUAACCAUAUCUCUCUCCAUCAUCUUCCUUUAUAAGGACCACAAUGGGAAUGGCUGCAUCAGAAAUGGCACCCAAUUCCUGUAGUUCAACUGCUUUUGGCCAGAGCCAUAUAGGAAAGUAGUGCACUAGGGAAUAAGGUGGCAUUUUGGGUGCAAACUAUGACUUAAUUUUGUCAUCCUUGAUGAUUGAAUUAAUGUACAUAUUAUUUUCUAUCUAUGUUGUGUAGAAAAUCGAAUCAAAUCAAUCAACCUUCGUUCUCCUCUGCAGGUACAAUUGGAAGACAACGGAGUGGACCGAGUGCAGGGUGGACAUGUUGCUAAGCCAACAGGACCGCCGUCGUGGUAAUCUAACGGGGCUGUGCGGGGGCGGAGUCCAGAACCGUGAGGUGUACUGUGUCCAGGCAACCAGCGCCGACCCCGCCUCCAGCGCGCUCAAGAGCAAAGAAGGUAACCUGACCAGCAUGCAACUGUCCUUUAUCCCCAAUGUGUAAUCGUUCUCCCAUUCUGAUAACUCAUGCCCCUCCCCCAUACUAGGUCAUCUCUCUCACCAGGCGUGUGUCUAUAGAAAGCCCAUACCCAUUGUGUAUCUUUAGUUCCCUCCCAUACUGCUGCCUUGUCUCAUUGUACAGAUCUCUUCCACCUUGUGCACUGGAGACUGAGCACUUUUGCUAAGGCCGCACUCAUGCAGUCUGACAAGAACAGCGUGAAAUGAGAAUGUGAACUGUGCUAACGUGCCCUUACGCAACAGCAAUAAAUUAAAUGGGAUACCCUGGGCAGCCAAAAUGCAUGCACUAACGGUGCAGAGAAUAGAAAUAGCAUUGAGGAAUGUGUUUCCCCAACCAGGGUCUUUGGAGAUCCUAGAAGCCUUUCACGUUACAAAAAUGGUGCAUCCACUGUGAAGAAAAUUCUCUACAAAAGUGUCUUACACGAGUGGUAGUAGAUAUCAUUGGCUGCAUCCCAAAUGGCACCCUAUUUCCUAUAUAGUGCACUACUUUUGACCAGCGCCUACAGUGUUAUAGUCAAAAGUAGUGCACUACGUAGGGAAUAUGGUGCCAUUUGGUACGCAGCCAUUGACUGCCUUUGACCCAGAAUCCCCCUAACAAAUGUCAACAUGACAGGACAGCAUAUCCACACAGUCAGCAGCAGCAGAAUUAACUCUCUAGUAACUGUGUUCCCAGAUAAUGUAUUAAAACUGUCAUCACUCCCUUGGUAAUGUUACACACACACAUGCAUGCACAAGCACGUGCACACACAUGCACGCUCACACACACACGCGCGCGCCCGCGCACACACACCAGGCGGUAAUUUAUGAACUCCAACUGAAUCAACUCCAACUGAAUCAUCAAGUUUGCUGACGACACAACAGUGGUAGGCCUGAUUACCAAUAACGAUGAGACAGCCUACAGGGAGGGAGGGCCCUGAUGAUGUGCCAGGGCAAUAACCUCUCCCCAACGUCAACAAAACCAAGGAGCUGAUCAUGGACUACAGGAGACAGAGGAGGGAGCACCACAUCGGAGAGGGUCAAAAGCUUCAAGUUCCUUGGUGUGCACAUCACUGAUGACCUGAAAUGGUCUCAUCACAUCGACACCGUGGUGAAGAAGGCACAACAGCGCCUCUUCAACCUCAGGCGGCUAAAGAAAUUCGGCAUGACCCCUAAGACCCUCACAAACUUCUACAGAUGCAUCAUUGACAGCAUUCUGUCGGGCUGCAUCACUGCCUGGUACGGCAACUACACCAUCCUCAACCGCAUGGCUCUUCAGAGGGUUGUAAGGUCAGCCCAACACACCAUCUGGGGACGCUGCCUGCCCUCCAGGACAUCUAUAGCACUCAGUGUCAAAAGGAAGCCCAAGAAGAUCAUCAAGGACCUCAGCCACCCAGGCCACAGUCUGUACACACUGGUACCAUCUAGCAGACAGAGACGGUAUGGAGGCAUUAGAGCCGGGACAGAGAGACUGAGAAACAGCUUCUAUCACCAGGCCAUCAGACUGUUGAACAGCCAUCACUAGCCGGCUACCUGCCCGGUACUCUGUCCUGCACCUUAGAGACUUUUUUGCACACAUACUCCCACUCACUCACUCACACACACACACACACACACACCUCAUACACAUGCAGACUCAUGCACUCACAUAAACACUCACACACACACAUACAGCCAAAACUGUUGAGUGUACAAAACAUUUUUCCAUGACAUAGACUGACCAGGUGAAUCCAGGUGAAAGCUAUGAUCCCUUAUUGAUGUCACUUGUUAAAUCCACUUCAAUCAGUGUAGAUGAAGGGGAGCUAAAUUUAGCUGGGGAGGUUUGAGCCCUGAGUUCUGACUCGACUUGUGCACACACCCAAAAUCAUCUAAUAUUUUCUGGCUCUGCACACACACAACACAUGCAUGCACACACACACACACACACACACACAGACACUUUAGCACCAAUGUGUGAAGUGGAACGGGAUAUGAGGAUGUCUUUAUUCCACAUUACAUCUGGAGCCGGGUUGUAUAUGUAAAUAUGAGUGGAUGGGGAGGGAAAGAUUAAGGGAGGGAGGGAGAGGAAGGAACCGAGGCAGAGAGGAGAACAAUGCAAGGAGGGAAGAGAGAGAGAGAGAGAGAGAGAGAGAGAGAGAGAGAGAGAGAGAGAGAGAAGAGAGAGAGAGCGCAGUGGUGCGAUAUGAAAUAUGAGUGUGGGGUAAAGUAGGUAGCACUACUUAGUCAGUUAAUAUGUAAGUGAAGGUAGCUGGUAGCAAGCCCAUAUUUAUCCAGCGCUGCCACACUAACUCCCAGACAGACCAUCUGGUCAGGGGGCUCAACUGGCCACCGCUCAAAUAAAUGAUUAAAAUGAUUCCAGCUGCUCUCAGACAGUCAGACAGAGGAGGCACUUUGCUAAAGAAAAAAUGUGAACCGCAACUUUAUAGAUUUUUCUAAUCUUGUGAGCGUCUUGUAUUUGGAAGUGACAGGGUUUGCUAGAUGACACAAGUGAUGGUGACAGUUGCAGAGAAGGAGUGGGAGUGGGAGAAGGACAGAUAGAGAGGGAGAGUUGGAGGUAGGGAAGCACAGCAAGCCCACCUGCCGUAACACAUAUUUUCCUUUCAAUCCUUUCCUGUCUGCUCUAUGGCACAAUUACAACUCCCCCAUCCACUUUUGGUAUUCCCUUACUCAUUCUCCAGUCUCCUCUCUCGAUCUCCUUCUCAAUCAUCUCUCUUGUCUUCAAAACCAAACAUUACACACCUGGAACCUAAAUCAAAUACACAGUUCUGGGUCAUUAUAGGGAUCUACACAGAAUUGCUCUCAUCUCUGGCAAUUUACUGCUGAAUCUAUAAAGCAUUAUACACAUAUCUCCAUCUCAGCUGUAACAAUUGCGGGUUUCCUUGCGGACACUGAAGCCUGGAUGGAGAGCUAAAUCUUCAGUCUGAUUUAAGCUGAUGUAUACUUGUUUUUUGCUUUCAACAAUGAUGUUUUAUUCCCUAUGCGACAUGACUGAGGCUGGAUAGUUUUGUGUGUGUGUGUGUGAUUAGUCAUUUAGGCUUGUCACUUUCCUGUAUGUGUAUGCAUUCUCAUUCCAUUUACAUAGGAAAUAAGCUUUAUUCGGACACAAAACUCACUCAUUCAAUCAUUCUGGGGAUUACAGUUGGCUUCAACAGACCUAUGUUAUGAUUGCCAAAAUGCUGCUGAAAUGAAGUGUGGAUUUAUUAAACUAUUCCAUGGGGGGGUCAGAUAUGGACAACAGGGAAAAGCAGCUGUUUCAAUUUCUGUCUACUACCAGUUACUGGAGGCAGAGAAAGAGGGCGGAAUUGAGAGCGAGAGGAAGGAAGGGUGCAGGAAGGCAGUAAAUCUGAUGUUACUGUAGUUAUUGGCUUUGAUGGUCAUCAGUUCUAGCCAGCUCUGUUCUGUUUGGUUAAAAUCAAUAUGGAGCCUUAUUAGAGGGCCCAUAGAGACAUUCUGUAGCUAGCAGUAGAAUGGCUGGCUGUGUGAUGCCAUCCGGAAGUAGAGUUAUUGAUGAUGGCAAGGGGUGACAGAGAGAGGAGGAGAGGGGUGAGGCACAGGUGUCUGCCUGGGAUUGGAGGUCCUAGUUUGGCCCCAGGAACCCCUGUGUGGUGUGUGUGUGUGAGGGUGGGUAGAGUAAAGACAAGACCAUCUGGCAGGAGAGAGAGCGAGAGACCCAUGUGGCACCUCAACCAAGGUCACCCAGCACGGAGACGUUCAUUAAUCAGCCUUUGUUAUAAUGGCAAAGAGGAUGAGAAAAUACAGUAGCUACUUCAGUCUGCACACACACAUACACAUACACACACACACACACAUUAGAUACUUUAUAUUGACUAGGAGAGUGGGGCAGAAAGGUCCAUUGUCUACCAAAAUAGCCAUGCAGCAUAGAGGAGACGUAGCCACUUGUAAAAUGGCUUGGAUGAAAAUGGGCUGGUGAACCGUGCAAUAAUGUGGCGGGACAAGUAAACAUGUGGCAUCAUUAUCGUUUCCAGUUGUCACAUUGUUUAAUGAUUAGAAGACCGGCGCAGGAAUACGUAUUAGGGGUUUUAUUUACUCCACCCAACACAAACACGUGUAUAUAUAUACCAAAAAGUGUUACAGGAGGGGGUCGCAGUUCCGGAGCGACCCACUAGGUGUCAUCCUCCGACAACCUUAGGCACCUCCUCACUCACAGUCGGGACUAAUCAUCAUCCUAUUGGUGUCACCUGUGUCUAUCGGUUCACCUGUGUAUUUAUGCCCUCACUUCCCUGCGUUCCCUUGCUCAGUUUUCUCUGCUAGUUUCUCUAUGUCCAGCAGUACUACUCAGUGUCUGAUUGGAGAGCUAUGUACAGGUACUUGAGAAGUGUUCUCCCUGUUUCGUUAUUUGUUUCAGUCUUAGGUAGUAUUUCGUAUUUUGGCUGUCAGCCGGUUUUUGGAGACUUAUUUGCUCUGCCUUUCUUUUAUCAUGAUAAGUCCGUUAUUUUGUAUUUUGGCUUCGGGACCACCAGUAAAGAUCCUUGUUUCACCAUCUCUGCCUACUGUAUGUCCUGGGUCACACCUCACCCCUUACAAAGGGAUGUAACCCAAACAAAGAGCGAGGUGUAACCUCUACACAAUACACGGUACUCACAAGACCAACGGACAUGGGACACAGAGGGCACAUAUAUACACAUACUAAUCAGGGGGAAUGGGAACCAGGUGUGCUUAAUGAGACAAGACAGUCCGUGGGGUUGGUGGUAAUGAACCAAAUCAGUGACACCUAGAAAGCCAGUGACGUAGACCUCCAGAGCUGGUGAACGGAAUGAGCAGCAGUACUGGGGGGAUCCGUGACACCAGUCAUUACCGUUUCCAGUCAUGAUCAUUUCCAGUAUAAUUGCACAGUACUGCGGACUGUGCAAUUAUAAUAAUAAUAAUAAUAAUUUGGUGAGUGCUUAUAUUUGUCCUAUUUCACACAUGUACAAAUGAUGUUGCGUGACGAGUGAACAUGUUGCAUCAUUAUCGUUUCCAGUCAGUAUUGUUAACGCCAGACAAGUGCACACACACACACACACACACACACACACACAAUACUGACUGGAAACGAUAAUGAUGCCACAUGUUUACUCGUCACGCAACAUCAUUUGUACAUGUGUGAAAUAGGACAAAUAUAAGCACUCACCACAUUAUUUGUAUUACUUCAUAGGCUUGUCUGUGCCAAUGGCCUUCUUAAGUGGCGUAAGUAAGCAUCCAUUCAAUACACUUUAAAGCUUACGCAUAUGUAGCCUACUCCCCUUGAUUGUACCUAUUCAGCUACCGUUGCCAGAGGGAUUUUAUAAUUACUAAAAUAAAUUAGUACGCUGCGCAGAUUGAAUUUUUUUUAUAAUCACUUGACAGGCACGCACCACGCACGUACAUACACACACACACAUUUUAACAGACACUAUUAAAAGGACACACCUUUGGCAAAGUGGAGGAAAUUUGCAUGUGAAUGAGUCAGACUCAGGCUUCAGUCAAAGCAUGGUGAUGGAGCGGUGGGAAUGAUUAAUCAGAGCAGUGACCUUGUAGAGGGUCACCUACGGCUCAUUGAUUUAUCCACCGUGUGUGUUUGUGUGUGUGUGUGUGUGUGUGUGUGUGUGUGUGUGUGUGUGUGUGUGUGUGUCAUUGAGCAGCACUAGGCCUCCCCUGAGCCUGAUCUGCCGUUUGGGGAUAGAGAGCGAAAAAAAGCCUUUGUUGUUUCAAACUAGACUGGAUUUAGCAGGAUGAUUAAUACAUGAAAGGCCAUACUGUUUACCAAAUGUUUUCUUGGAUUUGAGAUAGCGUGAGGGUAGGAAUAUUUAUUACUAUGAACUGCCCUGUGGGGUUUUAGUUGGUGUGAGUUUUAUUCAUGACUGGUGGAACGAUUCAUGAUUCGUUGUCAUCCAUUAGCCUGAAGUUUUAUCCCACUACACAGAUGGAGAGAGACAGGCUAAAAGUACAAUAGUUAGAUCCACAGUGACAGUAAUAACAGAUAGAACUCAGUCUGUAAAGUAUAUUAAAUGUAUGUGGAUAGUCUCUAAAUGCAUAUCACUACACUACCUAGCUUUCAUGUUUUUAUAUGUCUUCAUACUUGUAAACAGUGAUCUAUGCCUAGCCUUGCGCCCAACAUGAACCAUUAAUGCCACAUCCCUGCCCUGUUCUGACAUCAUGUCUCUGUGUAUCGCUCUGUGUUUCCAGCCUCCAGGCCCGUUGACGGUGACCUGUGCCUCAGCCCGCCCCCCAACACCACCCAGCUGUGCCACAUCCCCUGUCCUGUGGAGUGUGACGUGUCCUCCUGGAGUGCCUGGGGACCCUGCACCUUUGAGAACUGCCUGGACACAGCUGCCAAGAAAGGUGGGUGGAGCACAGCUCUAAUGACAGUUAUGCCUAAGCUUUAGCUUUGUGGGCUAACACAGUCUUGACUUUGAUACCCAUUCAGUCACAUAGAUGGCCAUCUUGAAAUGAUGGCAUUGGAACACCACACACUGGGUGUAACAUAGUAAUAGCUAUACUUUAGUAAUGAUGAAUGUGAAAACAUUUUUAUUUUGAUUACUCCUGGCUGGGAUACAGCACCCAAGACACUAUAUCCUUGGUGUUGAGCAAGACAUCUUUUUCGUCUAGAGACUCAGGUUCGAACCCGGUCGAUCACAUAGGUAGCCAUCUUGAAAAUGAAACAGGCAUUGGUUACACUGUCAAUAGCAGGUCUUAUUUAUAAUUGUGUCCUCAGUCUGUAUCCAUCCAUCAGUCACUUCACCAGUAACAAUAAACUGAUAACAUGAUUUGAGAGCUUAAGCUGUGUUCAGUCUGGUAUAUGUACGCAACACUACUCCAGAAUCCAUCUUUAUUUGUGUUGCAUUCAGCUAAAUGUUGAGUUAUGAUAUGUAUUGAGUCUCAAUAUUGAUUUUCUUUAUCCUCUUGGCAAUCCUCUUGGCAAGCCCCUGGAACACAACAUAAAUUUGGAGUUAUAGCGUGGUUCAAAACGGUAUAAUAUAGAUAUAAAAAACACUGUAGGUGAGAAAGCAAUCAUUGUUGCAUUUAAAAGAAAAUAUCUGUUACAGUAGUAUUAGAAAAAUAUGUAAAAAAAAAAAAAAGUGUGAAACAUCACAGCUUCCAUAUAGAGCACAGGUGUAUACAGUAUAAGCAAUAUGUUGAUAUUGACCUCUCUCCUACAGCCAAUACCAUGUCUACAGUACAAUAGCGUGGGUUGCCAUCUCAUUCCCCUCAUUCUACUCUUCCUCUGACAAAGACUAAACAGGAGAUAAAUAGAAGAGAGACAGAGAAAGACAGAGAUAUCGAGAGGGGAUGCUAUACGGAGGGCGGAGGAGGGUGGAGGUGUCUCUACGCCCUUUUUGUUAACAGCUAUUCCAACAGUAGGGGCUGAAACACACACAAACACACACACACACACACAGACAUGCUGGCUGGCUCACAAACACACACACACACACACACACACACACACACACACACACACACACACACACACACACACACACACACACACAGACAUGCUGGCUGGCUGGCUGGCUGCUCAGACCUUAAUUAUCCCUGGUACAGGAACAGAAUGGCAGCAGCAGCCCCCUCCAUCAACUCCACUAUGGUGACUAAUGCAUAUUGACUCUACCCUAAUGAAGCAUCUCAAAUGGAAGGGAAGCCUAGAAAUUGUCUCCCAUGCAUCUUAAUGAUGAAUUCACUCUUGCGCACGUCUUAAUCUCUCUCUCUUAUUUUCUUUCUUUCUCUCUCUCUCUCUCUCUCGCUCUCGUCCCACUACACGCUCGUCUCGCAUCUCACACUACUGUAUCUCAUAAAGUACACACACAACCUUGACUGGAUGAGUGUGUGUGUGUUUGUACACCCUGGCUCUCAUUAGUCAAGAGAAGUAGACUCUCAGACAUUUCUCUGGACACUUGUUUAUCCCUGUAACAACGAACUCCAUACAACAUCAACAUGCCCUGAUCUCCCAGCCUUCAUUCAAUCAACGUUUGUCGCUCUUUGUGGUGGCUGUCCAAAUGGACUGUGCACACACACUGUGAUUGUAUCUAUCUACCAAUAUUUGAUGGAUUCUAGUAACAUACUGCACCGUUAAUGGGAGAUACGUUUUCAAAAUAAUGGCUGGUUUCUUAGAUACGUUCGUCUCAGCCACGGCCUUUGAGAUGUUGCAACACCAUACCGUAUUGGAGAAGUCAUUAUAGCCUACACAUACUUCUCCAUCAGUAUGUUUAUCUGUGCAAAGAGCCCCCAGGCUCUGACAGGGUGGAAAGGCCUCAGUCAAUCUGUUCACCUUGCUUUCCUUUACUGUGGUUCGACAGACAGUAGUGAUAUUAGAUUUACAUAACCUGGCUGGACCCCUAUCCAUUCCCCCCUCUAUAACACCCCCCCCCCCCCCCCCCCCCCCCCCCCCCCCCCCCGCCCUUCAACUUUCCUAAACCCUCCACCUCUCCUCUCCUCUUACACUUCUCUUCACACUCUCCCCAACCUUUUCCUGUUAAACUCUCCACCUCAACCCUGACAUCUGACAACACACCUCCAUCUUCCAGCCGGCCCUCCUCAUUAAAUAGAGGGUUCGGGGAAGAAUAGGAAAGAAUCCGAAAUAAUCCGAAGAACGCGAGAGUCAGCCAUCAUCCACCUGAGUCCUCCAGUCCUGCUGGCUCCCCCAUGCUCCUUUCUUAUCAGGCUGGAGCAGCAGUGGGGAUUAGGCCCUGGGGCUGGGGGCAGGCUGACUUGGGGCUGGGCAGGCAGGGGUUAACAUAACACAAACACACACACAUAUGUAGGUGCAGGCACACAAGGCACACACACACACACACACACACACACACCUCCCGGGCCCCAGCCCCAGCCAUCACCACUUCCAUGUCCUUGAGCAAAGACAGGGGAAAGCCCUCAGACUUGGAAAAACAAAUAUUAUGAAGGUAUUAAUGGAUUGCUGCAUCCAUUAGUACAUGAGUCACUUUGGGUAAAAGCCUGGCUUAAUGAGGAGAGAACAAUAAUUGUGAUGAGUGUGAUGGAAAGGAGUCAGGCGCAGGAGGGUAAUCACCGAAUACAGAGUUUAUUCCUUCGUAGACACACAAAUGCGCUCAAAUAGCGCUCAACGAAACAGGCACAGGGGAAACUAUCAUCUCUGGCAAAUACACUGUAACAGAUAUCCAAUAAUACAUAGGCACAGGGGAAUAUCUACCCUGGCAACAAUAUGUUACGUGUAGCUCCACCGAGCUCCACUACUCUCACAAAUAACAAUCACCAACAAGGACAAGGGGGCAGAGGGAACACUUAUACACAGACUAAUGAGGGGAUUAGGACCAGGUGUGUGUGAUUGACAAGACAAGACAAAUGUGAUGAUGAUUGGGGCGGCAGUGGUUAGUAAGCCGGUGACGACGAACGCCGAAGCCUGCCCGAACAAGGAGGGGAGGCAGCCUUGGCCGAAGUCGGGACAAUAACAGUCAUAAUGGGAAGCUGUUUCUCUAAUGUCUGUCAUCUUCUGGAGCUUAGCGGUCCUGCCGUGUUAAAGAAAUAAAUGCUAUAUUACGGUUAUCAUCAAAGACACAAUGUGACUGUAGCAUAGUAGAGGGAAGUUCAUGUACCGAAGUUAGACAUUAAGUUGUGACUCCAUGAAAAUCAUGUUUAGCUACCCUGAAAAGCGCUACCACAAAGGGGGAGGUUGGUGAUGAGGGAGGCCCUGAAAAGCGCUACCACAAAGGGGGAGGUUGGUGAUGAGGGAGGCCCUGAAAAGUGCUACCACAGAGGGGGUGGUUGGUGAUGAGGGAGGCCCUGAAAGGUGCUACCACAGAGGGGGAAGUUGGUGAUGAGGGAGGCCCUGAAAGUUGCCACCACAGAGGGCGAGGUUGGUCAUGAGUGAGGGGGUCGUGUGUGAAAGUCUGUUAGUUCCUGCUGUUUAAAAAAAUAAUGAAAAGGUGACCUGUAUGUUGCAAAACUAUACUUUAUUGAAAUGUUAUUUGGGAUAGUAGAAGCAGAUCGUGGAAUGGUAUAAUUAUACAGCUAUGUAUGGUUCCAUGGCAGCACCAGUAUACCUAUUUUCCUGUCUUUUCUUACCAGGGUUCAAACUGAGGAAGAGGAGAAUCGUCAAUGAGCCGACGGGAGGAACAGGAAGCUGCCCUCACUUGGUGGAGGCCAUACCAUGUGACGAACCCAGCUGCUAUGAUUGGCUGCUUGUGAAGCUGGAGAAGUGUAUCCCGGACAAUGAGAGAGAGUGUGGACCGGGCACCCAGAUACCACAAGUGCAGUGUGUCAACAGUGAUGGUAAGGAGAGAGAGAGAGAGAGAGAGAGAGAGAUAGAGAGCAGAGAUCGGCUACUCGAUGAGUAGAGAGAUAGAGCUGUAGAUCGAGAGAGAUAUAUAGAUCAGAGAUGCGAGGCGAGCUCGAGAUCUCUCUCUCUCUCGUCUAUCUCUCGAUCCUCUCUAUCCUGUACGUCCUCCUCUCCUCUCUCUCUCUCUCGCUCCUCUCCUCUCUCUCUCUCCGCUAUACUCUCUCCUCUCCUCUCUCGUCCUCCGAUAGAUCCUUUCUUGUAUCGGUGUGUUAAUUACCAUGUAACAGUUAAUAUUCAUGGUUUGUUCAGUUGUGUUACAAUAUGUUUUGGGUGAAUUGGAGCUCAGAGACUCAUAUUGUUUUGGGCUUUAGCUUUAUUGCCUUGAACUGUGCCUGCAGGGGUUCGGCCGUAAACUAUGCCCAACAGUCUGUUUGUGUGUGUGUUAGCCUUGGACCGCAGCCCAACAGGGUAAUUGCUGUUUCUGUAGCAAUCUUGUUUUAUGGAUAUUUCUUUCUUUCUCUAUUGUUUGUCUAGUCCUAAGAUUGCAGAGCUAUGGAGGCUUGUGUGUAUGUGCACGUGUGCGUGCGUGUACAUGUGUUUAUGUGUGUGUGCUCCAGCAUGUGCGUGUGUGUGUCUGCGUAAGCGUGCCUGUGUGUGUGUGUGUGUGUGUGUGUAAAGCUUUGUGCUAAAGGGUUUGACUGCAGCCACACCAGCCACAGCGUGCUGCCUGAUAUCCCAUGGGGCCGAGGGGCCAGGCACGAGCCACUGCUGGUCGUAAUUGUGCUGGCUGAGACACACAGAGAGCUGUGCUGGCACUGCCAGAGGAGGGACACACACACACACGCACACACACACACACACAUACACACACACACACACACACAUGGACAGAGCUAGAUAUACAGCACUUGCUAAUUCAUGUUCUCUCCAAAAGAAACUUGAAUACUGAGACAGAAUUCAGUUAGCAUGUGAGAGUAAAUGAAACAAUAACCAUAGUGCUUGUUGCUUUUGGCAAGCACAGUGAUAUUGGCUUGUAGUACUGACGUGGUCCACCAUUUGAAGACUGAAGAGAACAGCUUGAUCUGGUUGGUUUGUGUGGUCUAAUAGUCAAAUAGGGCACAAAUUGAAAUCAUUGUCUCAAAUCAUUGUGCCAAACCAAGACACUAAAGUCAAAGAGACGCAAAACUCCGCAAUCCCCUUGUCACACAGAUUGCAUUAUUCUCCAAGCGUGUCUGACACAGAGCAAACAUUUGUUAUGGCAUGUGUAAUAGGAAGCAGUGCACCUGGGAGGAGUGUAACUGAUGCAUUUUUUAUGUGGUUUGGGAGGUGAGAGUUUUAGUCAGGGAAGACCGAAGGGGCCUUGUGUUUUAAUCGGGGAAGACCGAAGGGGCCUUGUGUUUUAGUCAGGGAAGACCAAAGUGGCCUUGUGUUUAAGAGACAGAGUUUAAUCUCAAUAAUUGAAUUCACCCUAAUUUAAUUAAGUUCAGAAUAAUGGAGAAAAUAAGCAUAGCUGACUUGAGAAUUUAACAAUAAAAAUGAUUAGGAGUGUGAGUUUUAGUAUGGAUGAAUACAGGUGUAAUUCACCUGUAAAGUACCUUAAUAGAUUCAAUAUAUCUGAAAUAGUUCACCUUAGUUUAAGAUGAUUAAAUAACCCACCAAUUAAUAAAAGGGGACAGAAAUGAGAAAUGUAAAUGGCUUGCCUUCACACUUUAUUAAUGAUUCAAUUAGGGACCGUGUAUUGUAAUUGUAUUUUACAUCCUGGGAAUUUUCUGUUCUCUCUCGUUCGACUAAGAUUCACCGUAUGAAUAUAGCAAUUAUCAGAAGAUUCGUGAACCAUAGCACACUGCCUGCUAAUGAUCACCCUAGGGAGUGUGAGUGUGUGUGUGUGUCUGUGUCUGUGUGUGUUGGUACUUCUCAACCAGUUCUCAUAUUAUAACAAUAAUCAAGGUCCCAUUCACAUCAGCCAGAGCUUCGUGCUGCCUGCACCAGGCUGUUGCCGUGAUGAUGACGAUGGUGAAAGGCAUAUUAGUCUAAUAGUCUGUUCUUUUCAGAGGAGGAGAAUAUCUAUAUCGUAUGUUGAAAGAUUUAUGGUACAAGAUGAAUACUAUUAGGAGUGAGAAAGGGAGAUAACUUUUUACAUAAGGUAGUAAUAUUGAUGAGAUGAAACACUAACACUAGUCUCUCUCAACCACCCUCUCUGCUCACAGCUUUCUCUCUCAACCUCCCUCUCUGCUCACAGCUUUCUCUCUCAACAACCCUCUCUGCUCACAGCUUUCUCUCUCAACCACCCUCUCUGCUCACAGCUUUCUCUCUCAACCACCCUCUCUGCUCACAGCUUUCUCUCUCAACCUCCCUCUCUGCUCACAGCUUUCUCUCUCAACCACCCUCUCUGCUCACAGCUUUCUCUCUCAACCUCCCUCUCUGCUCACAGCUUUCUCUCUCAACCACCCUCUCUGCUCACAGCUUUCUCUCUCAACCACCCUCUCUGCUCACAGCUUUCUCUCUCUACCACCCUCUCUGCUCACAGCUUUCUCUCUCUACCACCCUCUCUGCUCACAGCUUUCUCUCUCAACCACCCUCUCUGCUCACAGCUUUCUCUCUCAACCACCCUCUCUGCUCACAGCUUUCUCUCUCAACCACCCUCUCUGCUCACAGCUUUCUCUCUCAACCACCCUCUCUGCUCACAGCUUUCUCUCUCAACCACCCUCUCUGCUCACAGCUUUCUCUCUCAACCACCCUCUCUGCUCACAGCUUUCUCUCUCAACCACCCUCUCUGCUCACAGCUUUCUCUCUCUACCUCCCUCUUCAACUCACCACUCCCUAUUUCCUAAAUACUUUUCAUGCCUUCCUACCUCCUUAUUCUCACCGCUUUCUAUUUCCCUCCAUCCCUCCCUACAGACACAGUGUAUUGUGUAUAUUGACCCAUUUAGCUAGGUGGUGAACAAGCCCAGCCCAGGUAGACUUUCUGUCUACACCCUGGUUUCUUCAUUCAAGGUGGCCUCCCCAUCCCUUCUCCCCAGUUAUAGAGACAACAUGGCUGCUGGCUGCAGUGAGCUUGCUUUUACAGCAGCACCCUGUUGAAUCAGAUUUAGUUACUGGUAAAUUAGAUUACCUGGCGCUUCUCCACACAGUCGGUUCACAUUUACCCUGCCUGUCUUUCACAUUAGGGUGUUUGUGUGUGUGUGUGUGCAUGUGUGUGCCUGUGUGCAUGUGUGUUCCCCACCCGGAUGGAAUGAGGCAGGGUUGAAUAGAGGAUAUGUCAAACGAUGUCUGGUGCUUUUCCAUUAAGACACAGUUCAGACCCAGCUAGAGGAGGAAGGGGGGUGGGUUUCUGAUGUGAGGUGUGUUGCCUCUUUGAUCAGUUGGGUAGCUUGCAGAGCCGAGGACAGACAGCCG